AUGGCCCCAUGGGAUGAGGAGGAGUGGGAGGGGGAAGGCUGGGGUGUGGAGGGCUGGACGGUGGAGGGAUGGGAGGUGGAGGGAUGGUAUGGGGAGGGAUGGGGGGAGGGGUGUUGGCGGGAGGAGGGAUGGGAGGAGGAGGGAUGGGGGGAGGAGGGUUGGGAGGAGGAGGGUUGGGGGGACGAGGGAUGGGGGGAUGAGGGAUGGGGGGAGGAGGGAUGGGGGGAUGAGGGACGGGGGGAGGAGGGAUGGGGGUAUGAGGGAUGGGAGGAGGAGGGAAGGGAGGAGGAGGGAUGGGGGGAGGAGGGAUGGGAGGAGGAGGUAUGGGAGGAGGAAGGAUGGAUGGAUGAGGUAUGGGAGGAGGAGGGAUGGGGGAAUGAGGGAUGGGAGGAGGAGGGAUGGAGGGAGGAGGGAGAGGAGGGAUGGGGAAAUGAGGGAUGGGGGGUGGAGGGAUGGGAGGAGGAGGGAUGGGGGGUGGAGGGAUGGGAGGAGGAGGGAUGGGGGGUGGAGGGAUGGGAGGAGGAGGGAUGGGGGGAGGAGGGUUGGGGGAACGAGGGAUGGGAUGGGGAGGGAUGGGGCGAGGAGGGUUGGGGGGAGGAGGGAUGGGGGGAGGAGGGAUGGGGGAUGGAGGGAUGGGAGGAGGGAUUGGAGGAGGAGGGAUGGGGGGAGGAGGGAUGGGGGGAGGAGGGAUGGGGAGAGGAGGGAUGGGAUGGGGAGGGAUGGGCGACAGGGAUGAGGGGGGGAAUAAGGGCAGGGCUGGGAGGAGGGCGACGAUGGGACGGGUGGGAGGGAGGGAAGGAGGGAUGGGGGCUGAACUGGGAGGAGGAGGAGGAAGGGGAGGAGUGUCGGGUGUAUGGCUUAGGGCAUGAGUCAGCUGUUACAGACAAGGGGAAGGCAGCUGAGCGGUCCAAUCUGUGGCCCAGCAUCUCAUCGUAUCUCACGCUUCUGCCUGCGGCUCUUAGAGAGCUCCUGCCGUCAGCCGUCAACACUUACAUCGUGCUCAUCCACGUGUAUCUCGCGUGCAGCACUGUCGUUCUUAUCCUCUGGUCGAUGGGCUUGUCCCAGGCGCGCAUCAUGCACUGCCUGCAGCAGCAGCUACUGGCAACCAGAACUGCACUUCUCCAGCUGAAGAAUCACGCCUUUGUUUGCAUGGUACACAUCAUGCACACCCUGCAUCAGCAUUCAUUGACAGCCAGGUCAACCCUCCUCAAGCUGAAGAAGGCCAGUCAAGUCACCUCCGUUUGCCAAGCUGGCAGGCGAUUGUUUGCUGCUGAACCUGUCGCAAACGACUCAACACCAGAGAAGACAGACUUUCGUCGGUUGUCAGGUCAGAUUGACGAUCUGACGGCUGAGAUGAACUCCAAGAUGAACGGCCUGAUGCUACUGCUGCAGGCAGUAAAGCGGGACGUUGAGGCUGGUAGUCAGGUAAAGCAGGAGCAGAGAGAGUUAAACGAGGGCGGAGAGGUCAAGGGUGGGUUAGAUGAGUUGGUUCCAUCAUGCAUGGGGGAGAGGCGGGUACAGGCAGAGGCGUGGGAGGAAGAGAGGCAUAGGGAGGAAGGGAGGCAUAGGGAAGAAGGGAGGCAUGGGGAGGAAGGGAGGCAUGGGGAUGAGUUAUCUGAGUCUGGGAGGGCUUUUCUGGAAGAGGUGGUGGAGGAGUAUAGUCGAGAGAUGGAAGAGAUGGGGAAGCGGAAGGGAAUGGGGGAAAGGGAGGAGAGGGAGGAGGUGGUCGAUGUAGCGGCUGAUGUGUGUCCAGCAAGUGAGGAGUGUGAGGCUCGGAACAAUAAUGCAUGUCCAAUAGGUGAGAGUAGUGAGGCUCGGGAUGGUGAUGUGUGCACAGUGGGUGAGAGAUGUGGGGCUCAGGAUGAGGUGGGUUUGGAAACGGGGAGUCAGUUGUUGGGAAGGGUUAUGAGGGAUUACAUAAGGGAACAUGGGGGCGAUUCUGACAGUGACAGAAUGGAAAGAACAAGUGACGUUGCUGUUGAGGAUUUGGAGAUGUUUGGUGCGGUGAGUGAGCCAGACGAGGAAGAUGGGACUCCGAAGGGGAAUUCUGAAGGGAGGGCUGGAAUGGGAUGGCAUUUGGAUGAUGUCAAGGCUGACGUGGCUGGUGUCCGGAAUGAGGUGGAGAGGAUGAAGGGUGACGUGGAGAAGCUUAGGAUUGAGGUGGCAGGAAGGGCGAAAGUAGAGGAGGAAAUAAAAAAAGCCAUCUAUAGUCUGAGGAAGGAGGUGGAAGGUCUGAAGUGCGACACUAGUGAUGUAAGGAAAUGCCUGGACGAGCUGAGGGCUGAGAUGAAGGCAGAAAUGGCUGUGCUGGUGGCGCAGAGGGAGAGGAGGAUUUUUGGCAAGUUGGAUGAGUGGAGGCGUGAGGUGGAAGAGGGGAGGGCGGAGGAGGCAGGGAGGAUGAGGGAGUUGAGGGAGGAGGUGGACGCAGGAAAGGCAGAGGUGGUAGGGAGGUUGAGUAAGAUCAACCAUCGGCUGGAUGAGGGGAGGAUGGAGGCACGUGCCAGUGCAGCCAGCGCACUGCAGGAUCGGGAGAGGGUGGUUGGGUUGAGCGCUCGGCUGGAGAGCUUCCAGGAAGUUACCACGAGGGUUAAGGGGGAAAUCCGAGCUCUGUGGGAGUCACCCGCCCAUUCUGCCGUCCCGUCGUCCUCCCGUUCCGUCGCGAUCGUCGUCGCCCUUCCGUGGCUCUCCCGUUGCCUUCCCAUCGCCCAUCCCAUCGCCCAUCCCAUCGCCCAUCCCGUCGCCCAUACCGUCGCCCAUCCCGUCGCCCAUCCCGUCCCUCCCCUCGUCGCCCACGCCAACGCCCCAAAACUCCCUCCCGUCGCCCUUCCUCUCUCCCAUCCCGUCGCUCCCCUCGUCGCCCUCGCACACGCCCCGAAACUCCCUCCCGUCGCCCUUCCUCUCUCCCAUCCCGUCGCUCCCCUCGUCGCCCUCGCCAACGCCCCGAAACUCCCUCCCGUCGCCCUUCCUCUCUCCCAUCCCGUCCCUCCCCUCGUCGCCCUCGCCAACGCCCCGAAACUCCCUCCCGUCACCCUUCCUCUCUCCCAUCCCGUCGCUCCCCUCGUCGCCCUCGCCAACGCCCCAAAACUCCCUCCCGUCGCCCUUCCUCUCUCCCAUCCAGUCCCUCCCCUCGUCGCCCUCGCCAACGCCCCGAAACUCCCUCCCGUCGCCCUUCCUCUCUCCCAUCCCGUCGCUCCCCUCGUCGCCCUCGCACACGCCCCGAAACUCCCCAUUGUCGCCCUUCCUCUCUCCUAUCCCAUCACUCCCUCCCGUCGCCUUUACAUCUCUCCCCUCCCAUCUCCCGCAUCGCGGAUGAAUUGGACUCUGCUCACUCUCCCCUGGGCUUGGAGUGGAAGAGCCAUUGCCAAUGCUGCCGGCAACGCUGGAGCUCAGACUAUUCGCAUGCCGAGAGAAUUCACUUCCGGGCGCCAGCAAUGA